CUUACAAAGAGAGAGCAUCGCAGUCAUGUCUGGUCGUGGAAAAGGAGGCAAAGGCUUGGGGAAAGGAGGCGCUAAGAGGCACCGUAAAGUCCUUCGCGAUAACAUCCAGGGCAUCACCAAGCCAGCCAUCCGCCGUCUGGCUCGCCGCGGAGGUGUGAAGCGUAUUUCGGGCUUGAUCUACGAGGAGACUCGCGGUGUCUUGAAAGUCUUCCUGGAGAACGUGAUUCGCGACGCUGUCACCUACACCGAGCACGCCAAGAGGAAGACGGUCACCGCCAUGGACGUGGUCUACGCUUUGAAGCGCCAGGGCCGCACCCUCUACGGCUUCGGUGAUCUCGCCUGGUUUUCUAAUUCUGACCAAUCCCCGACGAAUCCCGAACACUCGAACGCGUCUUUUCCCCACCAGCCAAUCAGAGGAGAGCGAGCCGGCUAUAAAAGAACGACCGCGACAGCUUCCUUUCAUUCCAGUUUCCAGCGAGCAGCGGCGGCGGAGCGCUUAGAAGAAGGGAUGGCUCGCACCAAGCAAACGGCUCGCAAGUCCACCGGCGGGAAGGCGCCCCGCAAGCAGCUGGCCACCAAGGCGGCGCGGAAGAGCGCGCCGGCCACAGGCGGCGUCAAGAAGCCUCACCGCUACCGCCCGGGCACCGUAGCUCUGCGCGAGAUCCGACGCUACCAGAAGUCCACCGAGCUGCUCAUCCGCAAGCUGCCCUUCCAGCGCCUGGUGCGCGAGAUCGCGCAGGAUUUCAAGACCGACCUGCGCUUCCAGAGCUCGGCCGUCAUGGCCCUGCAGGAGGCCAGCGAGGCUUAUCUCGUCGGCCUCUUCGAGGACACCAACCUCUGCGCCAUCCACGCCAAGCGCGUCACCAUCAUGCCCAAGGACAUCCAGCUGGCCCGACGCAUCCGCGGGGAGAGGGCAUAAAGACACGCGUAGCCUUGCGGGUGGUGUCGGGGGAGCAGACUGGAAAAGUGAUCGUGCUUUUAACGGCUCUUUUAAGAGCCCUUCACCGCUUCCAAGGAAGAGCUGGCUUCAUUUCUGAUUUUCAUUUUUUUUAAAACAAAAAAACUCCAUUUAACUCUAAUGUUGCUCAAAUACUCCAUUUUCAGCGAGAUUAUUACGUUUCCUGCAGCCUUCGUUCUAUAGGGAUGACCUGAGUCUCUUGGUGGUUCCAAUUUGCACUAAUGUUUUACGUGCCCCGCUU